AUUUUGAUUAUAUAAGGUACCUCUUAAUACAGAAUAGUAGAAUAGUUAACCGUAGAACAAAUUUAGAACUCGUCAAAGAUGUCCUGCAAGAAAAAAACUCAAACUGAUAGAAAAGUAUCGAAGAAACAUAUUACAGAAAAAAAUAGUACAGACCUUUGUUUUCCUCAAGACACCUGUAGACUUAAUGUUUGUCUAAAGAAUCAGACUGACCUAGCAGGCUUAUCCAGUCUUGGGGAUGAGAAUCAAGAUACAGAUUCUCAUCAUUUCACCAGUGACCAGUCCAAAGUCCAGUCAGAUGAUGUUGAAGGUCAACUAAUUGGGGAUCACGAAACUCAGGAGUCAGAAGGUGGAGAAGCUGAUCUACACCAAUAUCUAGUGGGCUGUAAGAAGAAUCCAGGUCAUAGACAGUUUAUAUCUGUUGAUACAUUCACCUUGAAACAUUUACCUAAAGGUCAUCAAGACAAUGAUUUGUAUGAAUACAUCAAACUUAUAGCUGACCUCACAGUUAGAGUAAGUGUUAAAAUGUCAAGUCCAGACAGACCAAAGUUUUGGCCAAAGACAACUCAACCAUAUCCCUUUUCUAACAUGAGUGAGAGAAGAAACUUGAGGACAGGAAGUGGAAGAGUUAGGUAUGUAAACAAGUUUCAAGAUGGAGUCUUACAAGAUGGAGAUUAUGAAGAUACUGCCUACACAGAGUGUUGGUGUAGAAAAUGUGAAGUUUCAGACUCACCCAGCAAUGUGUGGUGGGAGUUUCAAGUGUACACAGCCACACAUGUGGUUUUUGAUGACAUUGAGGCCAAACGCACGACCUUGAGAUUGUUUUAUGAUAGAGAUGGAAGUCCAGUGGUCAUUGUUGAUAAGGUCAGUGUUAAUUAUGUAUUCAUUGAGUAUGACUGGUGUAGGUUAAACUGUGUGACAUGUGAUAAAACUAUAGGAAAUAAACUGAUGGAAAUAUGGAAACAUCUUGAAAUUGUCAGGAAGAAAGUCUAUAACAAAUACUUUGCAUCUAGAUCUCAACACAAGUUGACUUUUAUAGUGUCACAUCCUCAUGGAUGUUCUAAACAGGUUAGUGUUGGUCAAUGGAAGGACAAACUAAAGGUGGGUGAUAACUCUAAAUUUACUUAUACAACUUGUACAUGUCCAGGAAGUAGUGGAGCACAUGUCUACUGUCUGGGGUAUAGUGACCACAGGACUUGGUUUGAUCUUGUCCACAGUGGAAGUAUCAAGCCUGGAUUAAAUUACAGUGGAGUUAGUUUUGUCUAGUGAGUUGUUUCCAUUAUGAGUUGUCCAGCUCCACCAUGAAGAUGUCUUUGAGAACACUUGACAUUCUAAACAUCAAACUCAAAUGUCUCUUUAGUCUUGAGAUAAAUACAUUUAUACUUUGUGAUAAAUAUUUAUAGAUUUGUUUACUAGAAACAUUUUGUUUUGGACUUAAAAAAUAAAAAUCUUCCUAUUGUCUUAAAUCAACUUUUGUUCUAGUUAUGUAAAUAAAAUGUGUAUGCUGUCUUUAAA